AAUCGAUCCGCAUCUCCCCGGACCGGAUCCCGCCCCGGUCCUCCAUCCCCCUCCUCCCGCCACCGAUAUUUAAAUCCCCGCGGCCAAGGGUGGGGAUCCAGGAUUGCAGGAACUCGGCCCCGUCGAGCGUGGGGGGAGGUCAGCACCCCCGGGACACGCGGGGCCAAAAGCGACCGAGAGAGCGAAGGGGAUCGGGAGGGUGACCGGGAGGGGGACCGGGAGGGUACCAGGGGGGAGCGAGGGGGGUCACGGCGGGCAUGGCGAUGGGCGUGCUGAGCCUGCGUGAGUUCGCGACUGGGGCUGAGUUCUACGAGGAGUCGCGGAGAGCGGAGAGCUUCGCUGCGUCGGCCCGCGACGGGGGCUGGGAUCCUGCGCAGAUGGCUGCCGCCGGGUUCGUGUGCCUGGAGCAGCAGCAGCCGGGAGUCGACGUCACGGCGCGGUGCUUCUUCUGUCUGCUCGAGGUUCGAGGCUGGAUCUCUGGGGACGAUCCCAGGCAGGUGCACGCGCUGCGCUCCCCCGCGUGCGCGUUCCUCGCUCUGCGCACACCGUACGCCAUCCUCCCCGUCGAGGAGUUCCUGCGCCUGGAGCUUCAGCGCGCGCACAACUACGUGAGGGAGAUGGAGCGCCGCUUCCUGCACGAGUUCAUGGACAGCGCGGCCACCGUACGGCUCCACAUGGAGCGGUUCAUCCGCUAGGGGAGGGGGAGUGGGGGCAGGGGGGGGCACUUGGUCAUAAUCAGCACCCCUGUUCCACCGACUCUAUAAUCAUUACUAACCUGAUAACUAACCUUAUAAACCUUACCCAGCUAAGCCUGUAAUCAUAACUCAUACCCUGUGAUCUUAACUCUGAAUCUAGCUGUGUGAUCCUAACCCCCUUAAGCCUCACUUCAACCCUAACUCUAACCACAACGCCAACACUUUAUAUCCAUUAUCUCCUAACUCAAUGCCCCACAAUAUCUCUAAUCCUAACCCUAACCCCAGCUCUAUCUUACCCGAUCACUAACCCCAACCCUGACCCUGCCCGCCUGCCCGCCCAGUGCUCGCGUGCUCCCACUCGUUCUUAUUUGGGGUCCUAGACUGCCGUCCCCGUGACCCCGGGCCCCACUGUGACUGAGCCUAUGGGCCCCAAUAAAGUUUCUCUUGCACUGACA